UCUCGGAUAGCAGUGGUAUAGCAGUGGUAGUAGUCGUCCGUCGUAAUGGUGGUGGAGUGGGGAGUUGAGGGCUGGCAGUGUGUCAGAGUAGAGUGUGGAGUGGUGGUACAGUGAGCACUAGUGUCGAGGUGGAAGUGGAGAGUGGAGAGGAGACUACAAACUGAGUCUGAGACUAGUCAGGGACUCAGGGUCCAGUGUGGAAGGACUUCAGAGUGAGGUGACGUGAGCGCAGUGCAGUCGAGUCCUACUUUCGAGUGUCGCAACUCCUUCCCUCGAGAGGACGGACGGACAGACAGACAGACAGAGAGAGGAUGAGAGCCCCGGAGGACUGACUGCGGCACCAGACUACCCUAGGCAGUGGCGAAUGCCGUCGUCUGUCAGUGUUAAGUGAUGCAAUCGUGAAAAAUAUCGAAGCCUGCUAUCCCGUGUGUCCUUUGCUAUCCUGCGAGGAUAAGAGGCAUCCUAAGUGCAGGGAUGUCGCGGCACCCACGCCUCCUCCUCCUCCUCCUCCUUCCCCAGCCUGACAUUCGUUACGUGACGCCCCUGUCACGCAGUCUAAAAUAUGGAUUCGCGUGGAGGUGAUCUGACGUCAUACGUGUUAAUGGCUGUUAAAUGAAAUCGGGUGGUGUUCUGAAAAGGUGUGGCAUUUUGAACUGUAAACAGAAAGGAUAAAAAUAAAUUACAGAUAUAGUAUGUUUUGAUAUGACGUUCGUUAAAUUGAAUAGAUGAUGAGUUGCUCUUGACAUAAUAUAGCAAACAGUACCAGAGAACAACAUAGGAAAGAAAACAAAUGGAAAAGAAAAUUUGUAUUACUCUGAAAGUAUUGGAAGAUUAACAUCCCAUCCCCGCAGGAGGGUAGUGCCGUCAACGCACCGCAGAUAUAGGGCUGAAACGCAUCUCAAAGAGGCCGCGGAAGAUGACGUCACGACACUGCUCGAUCUAUGGUCUGAGAGAUCGGCUACGGAAGAACACAUCAUCAGGACGAUAACGAUGAAUUAUGGAAGGUGAUGAUGAGUGGCUUAGAAGCGGCUGAGAGAUCAAAAUGAAUUGGAACUGUCUUCAGCGGUUGGCUACGGUCCUCCUCCUCACGAUUCUUCCCUCAGAUGAAACAGGGAAGGUCGGCCACUUUAAGAAAAAAAAAAAAAGUGCAGGGGCGUGCGACGAUCGUUUGUUUAUACAUCCCUUCUCAAAAGAGCGACGCAUCCAUCGUUCCAGGUUCAGUGAAAGGUUGCAACAUGAGGACCAAGGAGGUCGGCGUUUGUCUUCAUGUUUACCUCGAGAGGGACUUCCUCUCCAUGGAGCGCAUCGUCUACCCUUUGAAGAACGCUCAGAGACGGGAGAUAUACAGCUACAGACAGGCCCCUCCAAAACUACCAGAACUGGAUGAAGUGCUGAACGCAACCCAAGGGGCUCAGGGGGACGUGACGUACGAGCUUCAAGGGCGUCACCAACACCGCCUCAGGAAGGAUGGGUCCUCCUGGAGGAGGGUGAAGAGGAGCCGUCCGGAAAACUACGCAGUCAUCGAUACCUACGGACAACACGGCUGGGUCGAGGGGCCUGAGUUGGAGGACUACUGCAGUCGUCUUGGUGGCGUCAUCACCUGCUUCGAGGAGGUUUUGAUUGGAUGUGAUAGCGGCUACGAUUUUUUCAGGUACCGACAUCUGCUGCAUUCACUGGAAAGAGUCCACAAGUACUUAUGCCACACGCCAAACGACCGCCUAACGAGAUUUUUACCGUUCCUGAUGGUCAUAGACUGCGCAGAAACGGCACGUUUGAAGGAGAGGUCUUGCCAUCGCCCAAACGUGACUAUCAAUGUUUGGAACCAGAUCUUGCGGUUGGAGUUGGGACCUGAACUAUGCAAUUCUCUGAACACCCAACGAGCAUGUCUGCUGGAGAACGGCUAUAUCAACCAGCAGUGCGGUGGAGAGGGCAAGGAGAGCCUCUACCGGAACGUCUCUGCUAUCUUCCUGGCGACGUGGUGCCGCCUGCCGUUGCCUCCUAGUCUGCUGCCUUACGUUAUGUCCUCGUCUAGUCAAUUCACCCCUGCAUCUUUCAUCGUCAUCGUUGUCACCGCCUGCGCUGUGCUGUUCUGGAGGAAGCAAGGCGAUCUGGACUGCUGACCCUUAUAGUGUCGCUAAAUGUUAUUCAGUUUGGUGAAACGGGCUCGACUGAGAUUCGUCUUCACAGUCACAGUUUUUCAUUGAUCUCGUGUCAUUCUCCCGCUUGAUUUGUGAACGAUUUUUGUUGUUAUUGUUGUUGUUAUACGGAACAAAAGAAUAAUGUUCGUUAGUGAACUCGCAGUAAAAAGAACGAUGGUCAGUCUUGCACCGCACUGGAACUUCAUGUAGUAAUACCUCGAUGAGGCUGUAUAAGUGUGACCGUCUUGAUACUUAAGCGUGUAGAAAUUGUAUGAAAGCAGCGUGCAAGAAUAGCACCCACAAACAUUUUGUACUCUAGUAUUUAUGAAGAAUUCGCUCAUAUGGAGCUUGGAUGAACGAAGUUGGAGGACGUUUGAAUUUCUUUCUAGUAUUACUCUCAACAUUCCAGUACCACGGACGUUUAAUCUAUGCAGACAACCGUUCCAUUUGAAUAUCCGUUGUAGUGAUAAAAAGGGACACUGCUUCUUCUAUUUGAAGUCACAAACAGCAGUCGUCUUCUUAUUCUUAUACAGUGAUUUAAUGUGCUAAUUCAUGCUUUAUAUAAAGUGAGAAAACUAGGAUUUUAGUGUAACAUCCAGAAACCGGAAUAAUGAAGUUUUGUAUAUAUAUUUUUAGUCAUCAUAACAAGGCUCAAUAGUGCUGUCGUGUAUUGACGAUAGGAAAGGCAUUUUGCAUUCAUAGACAGGUGAUUCACAUUCAUGUUUAUAUAUAUAUAUAUAUAUAUAUAUAUAUAUAUAUAUAUAUAUAUAUAUAUAAUUUUUUCUUCCUCCUCUUCCUGUCUUCUGCCUCCACAUCUUACUCACCCUGGGUAAGACCUUUUUGUCUCCUUUUACCUAAAAUCAUCAGCCCAUAGAUCUUUGUAGCUUACGCAGAGAUGUCCUUCAUCCUGUGAGUAAACCAGUGACGAAGGAUGCUGAAGGAAGCGUAAAACUAGGUGCAAUUUGACUAGGCCAAUUACUUAAUUAGAGGACUGAUUAUGGCUACUAAAACUGGCGUUACAACCUGGUGAUUGAACUUCUGUUGAACGGGUUCAAGUCGAGUCUUUCACAUUCUCACUAAGCUUCUUAGUCUGUUGCACAAAUUCAAUAGUUUGCUGACAGGUAAAAAGGGAACUAGUCUCACUUUAGUGAUUGUCGCCUCAUUGCCUUAUGAAAAUCUACUCAACUCUGGAAGCCAGUCCUUAAUGCAGAUACUCAUCCUUUUAUAUCAUUUCCUCAUAUUUAAACUUCUUAGACACUGCUUUUGUUUUGUAUCUAUACUGAACUUCUACAAGGCUGGCUUGAGGAUUCCUGAAGCCACACUCGUAUUGUGAGUGCUAUUUAGAUGAGGAAACCUUAUGAUAAGUUUGCGUCUCAUUUCAGUAAUUAAAGUUAUAGACCAAAGUGGAGUAAGCUGGAUUAUGCUGACGUGAGUAAGAAACUUGGCGCUAAGCAGCGAUUGUAAGUAUAUGGUACCUAAACUUUCAUUCCAAAGAGUUUGCCUUAUGGCCUUGUCCACUCUCGCUUUUGAAGCAGUGUUACCAGACAUUCGUAUCGUUCUGGCUCCAUACUCGGUCGGUCAGUAUAGUGGAACGGGUUAUGGGAACAGUGUUUGCCCGUCUGACGCUGCCCGCAAGUGUGGACAGGGCCUUAUAAUCUUUGUCACGGAAGUGGUGGUAACUUUGUGUACGUUUUAUUUUUUCUUGCUGUUUGUUGGUGAGUUCAACUGAUAUUACACCACAGCUUUCCUAUCGAGUUCUGAAAUAUACUUUGUUUUGAACUCUCAAAAUAUACCUCCUAUACUUCAAGGUACACUAGGCUACCUCCAAGGCCAACAGCUUUGGCUACCUCUUAACUGGUGUUUUAUACUUCUUGAUGACGAGGCUACGUUAAUAGGUCAUCUUAUAAGCUCAGUCUUCAUGUUCACCACAUAACAUUGUAUACUUCCUCUGCCUCUCUGCCCCUGCAUCGAUCCAUAAUUUAUGCCUUGAAUACCUCGUACAUGAGAAAAACAAAGAACUGAAUUUAUACAUUCUUCAUGUAAUAUGCUCUUGGUAAUACUCCGGUAUUACGACCUUUGUCACCCUCAUGGGUUACCACAGAACGGCGUAAAGAACAGAUUUUGCGUGGAAUGUGAUCCUUCGAUGUUUAAGGAUAUAGUGUUCUUAACGUAUUUAUUGUAGCUUUAAGUACUUCAGCAGUAUUGAGAUGUAAUUUUUAUGAAGUCAUUUUUUUUUACGUCUUCGCUCAAUUUCGUAAUGUAGAAAUAAUGCAGCCACUUCUCCAACGUGCUUUUACGUAGUGAAAUCCAAUAACUCAUGACCCUGUGAAAUAAGUCAGAAUUCAAGGAAAGUAUUCCUUCCAAAGGGUGGAUACUUUUUGAAUAGAUUGGUGCUAUGCUGGUGUUAAGAGUCUAAAAUUUAUUUCAUUGCAUGAGAGAUUAUAUCUAUCAGUACCUGAAUGUGCCCAGUCAAAACUAGUGGCAGGCAGGUUCCCGAUCUUUUCAAAGCAACUUUGGUAUGUGAUUUUCAUAUGUAUUGGUAAAUAUGGUUACCAGACCUUUGAAAAUCUUCCAAUAUUUUAUAAUAUGUAUAGUAUAUAUCGCAAGUGUGCAUGCGUACAUAUAUGAUGUGUCUAGUAUCGAAUACAUUUUUUGAGUAUGUGUUCAAUGUGCUAAAUGAAUAUAAUUUCUCUAAUAUACUUUUAUGAUAUAAAUUCCAUCGAAGAUACAGUCAUGAGAUAAGAAACCCAGCGGUUGGAGUACGUGGCACCUUGUAUAGAAAACGACAAUGCAAUUUUCAAUAAAAGCUUUUCUCUU